GUUUCUCUGCGGCACCUGCCACCUUACAAGUCCUCUCCCCAAUCUCCUCCUUGCCCCUGACCGCCUCCACCGGACUGUUUCCGCUUUACUAACAAACUUUAUCAAAACCAAAUGGCGAUACAUCGUUUUUUAUCUUUAACGACAGGAUCCCCACCGCGCGCCUCGUAGACCUUCCAUGUUGUAUGUGGAACCAUUAGCUCAAUCAUCAAGUUCCACCUGUGCCAGCGGGUGGAACUUGGAGAUGAGGGACGACGGCCGCAAAGAUGAAGUCGUCAGCCCCUCUUUGGUGAGCCCUAACAUCACCCAGAAUUCAAUACAUUUAAGUGGCCAAAAUGGCCUGAAUCACGCUGCUCUAUCACAAGGCCAGAGUCCAGAGCCCGUCUCGAAUGUGACCACCUCCAGAGGGCAUUGGGGUGGGAAGUACGAGUUCCUGCUUUCUUGUCUCGGAUACUGCGUGGGUUUAGGCAACGUGUGGCGGUUCCCUUACCUUUGCUAUCGCAAUGGAGGAGGUGUCUUUCUUCUCCCCUACUUCAUCAUGCUCUUUGUUACGGGCGUUCCGCUCUUCCUAAUGGAGCUGAGUCUCGGCCAGUACGGAGCAGCCGGCCCCAUCACCGUAUGGAAAUGCUGCCCUCUGCUUAAAGGCAUCGGCAUUGGCAUGCUCUGUGUGGCUGUGCUGCUGUCUCUCUACUACAACGUCAUUAUUGCGUGGACGUUUUAUUACCUGGGCAGCUCGUUCCAGAUGCCACUGCCUUGGUCAUGUGACGCCAACGCUGCCAUCUGCAAUAACUCCAGCGGGGAAAGUCUCAGCCCCUCGGAGAUCUUCUGGAAUGAGCGUGUACUGGGUGUUGUGAACAGUGAGGGCCUUCAUGACCCAGGUCCCAUCCGCUGGCCCCUGGCAUUGUGCCUCCUGGUUGCCUGGCUCAUUGUCUUCCUGUGUAUGCUCAAAGGAAUCCACAGCGCUGGCAAGGUGGUUUAUGUCACGGCUACAUUCCCGUACUUAAUCCUAAUCGUUUUGAUCAUCAGAGGUGCGACACUGGAAGGCUCUCUUCAGGGCAUUGCUUUUUACCUGAUGCCAGACUGGAGGCGAUUAUCCAGUGCACAGGUAUGGAACGAUGCGGCUUCACAGAUUUUCUACUCAUUGAGUAUUGGAAUUGGAGGAGUGCUUUCUAUGGCCUCCUAUAAUAGGUUUGACAACAACGUCAUCAGGGACACAAUCAUUAUCACCAUGGGAAACUGCCUCACAAGCUUUUUUGCAGGAUUUGCUAUAUUCUCAGUCCUGGGCCACAUGGCGUGGAGGAGAGGGGUGCCAAUUGAAAACGUGGCAGUUUCCGGGCCAGGAUUAGCAUUUGUAGUUUACCCAGAGGCCCUUGCUCUGCUGCCAGGUUCAGCGUUGUGGUCCGUUCUCUUCUUUCUCAUGCUUUUUAUGCUGGGGAUUGACACACUGUUUGGCAACAUCGAGGGCAUAAGCACUGCGGUCCUAGAUGAGUUCCCACAACUGCGAGGGAACACCAAGCACAAAUCCUUGUUUCUGGGCGCUCUCUGCUUUUGCUUCUACCUGAUGGGUCUCUUGUUCGUUACUGAAGGGGGCAUUUACUGGUUCACUCUAAUUGACACCUUCACCACUAGUUUUGGCCUAAUCAUCAUCAGCCUCUUCAUGUGCAUUGGCAUCUCCUUCUUCUAUGGAGUCAACCACUUUUGCCAGGACAUCAUCGACAUGAUCCGUCACUGCCCUCCCUGGUGCAGCAAAUUUUUGUUGUACUUCAAAGCAUGCUGGGUAUUCUUCACUCCAUUUCUUCUUUUGUUCGUCCUGACCUACAUCUUCAUUGAGAUGUACAGCAUGUCCCUCCGUUACGGCAGUUAUGUGUAUCCUCGCUGGGGGAAAGUGUUGGGGGUGUGCAUGGCUACAACCUGCUGCCUACAGAUCCUCAUCUGGGCCAUCAUAGCCAUCUACAAGGAAACUGGAACACUGAAAGAACGUUUCCACAAAUCAAUUCAACCCCUUAGCUCCUGGCGGAUUAACACCAAUGCAGGGGGAAUGGAGCGCAGUAUGAAUGCAGAGAGGGUGGAGGGUCUAUUCACAGUUACUCUCACGGAUAUGGACUUCAGUGCGAUGACAUGGGAGGAGGGAAGAGGGAUUUGACGGCCGGAGGAACAAUGACCACACCGAGAUGAGCAGACUGUUUUCUUGAUAAAGAACUGAAAAUAUGACAUACUCAAGUUGCCCUAGGUUGGCUUUGGUGGUAGUUUCUGAACACAUCUGCAGGAUGUUAUAGAGCUAGUGAACAACAUAAAGAACUUUAGCAUGGUAGCGGCGGCCUCGAGUGGUGUAAAAAGGGUACUGACGAUGGAAUUUGCUCGAGCAACGUCCUUCAAUACCGCUUGUUAAUGUCGUUAGUUUGAGUAUCAAAUUAGCACUGGUGUGGCUGAUCGGUGUUGGGUGAAACAAAAAGAAGCCAAACAAUCUUGAAUGAAAAAAUAAGUUGCCAACAUACGAAAAAUAAUUUUAUUGUGACAUAAGGCUACUUUGUUUAUGUUGUAUUUUUAAAUUAUUUAAAUGUGUCUUUUAUUUGAACUGUUAGCUCCUAAAGAUCUAAUGUAUCGCGUAUAUUGGUUCUGAUGAUCAUAUUAUGAUCAUUGACUACUUUUUUUAAGUCUAAUGGAAUUCCACUGAUUGCAGUUGACGUUAGAAUACAGUCUCUUUGGCAACAGGGGUUUUUUUGCCACAAAAUUUACUUUCCAAGAUGAAUAAUAGAAUAAUUGUGUAUAAUAUCCAUUACGUGUAUGAAUAACUGAAUAAAUCUUAACAUUGUCUUUUAUA